AUGGCCUGCGAAAUUCCCGAUUCUUUGGACGACAUGAGCAAAAUCAUGGUCGUUCCUGAUCAGCAAGAAGCCUUUGUUAACGACGAUGGGAGCAUAAGUGUGAUCAUCGAAAUCUUGGAAUAUCAACAUGUACCAGAUGCGAGUGCUGCAGAGUGCGCCAACCGGUUUGCCCACUGCGUGAAAGGUAGCAUGGCAGUGGUUCUUUUUCAACGACCUCAUGGAAGCAAAUUCUGCGUUGUCGUCACGAAUUGUGGAAUCAUCGACUUCACCGAAGGGAGAAUCUCCAAUGACUGGACAGCCAAAGCAGCGGAUGAUGUGACAGCUGAUCUGCACGAUGACCUACGAGCUCAGUUUGAGGGCAUUGUCACAAUCAGGCAGCAGAGGUAG